UCACUGUGUCUUGAAAGAAAACAAUGUCAUGGUAUACGGCAUAGAGUAGGAAAAACAACGACGUUAUGACUUAAGUUUUACAAGUAGUAUCUCGUAUCCAAUGCCAAGGGUGGUUCAAGUGCCAUCUUCAGAAACGGAGGAAGUUAACGUAUAUAACGCUGACUCGAGUGAAAGCGAAGAUACAGUAAACAGAAACUUCAAUCAAACGGUGAACUCUGUGUCGGAACUUGUAAGCUCUUACAUGAGAUUUCCCAUCAAUUAUUCGUUAUACAACGUUACAUACUUGGAUUCAGAAAGUGACCCGUAUUGUUUAAGAUGUGUAAUAGAUGGACAAGUGAAAAAGUUUAAGAAAGAUGCGAGAACUUGGCUUCAUAAAUCAAGCGACAGAAAAAGGAAAAUUGGCGAUGAAGCAAUUAGAAGCGCAAACAUUGACGAAAACGGGACUGCAUGUAAAAAUUUAAAAAUGGUAUCAGAUGCGACGCAGCUCAUAGCCUGUGGCGGAACAUACAGAUCCGGGCCAUACAAUACAGAUGUUAACAACGACUUACUGAGUGAAAUAUCUUCUCUGGGAGACUCUGAUGCGGACCUAACAUACUCCGAGGAGUCUUCACCUUCCUUAGACAGUGAAACGCGAGAUAAAUAUCAAAAGUCUGUACGAUUUGAUGAUACCGUUAACACAGGAUACCGCAUACACGCAUUAUCCAGCGGUUCGGACGAAAGCUUGAAUGCUGCCGGAAAGACUAUCAGCAGUAGAAACAUUGUUUUCCAAGACGAAUCCGAAUUGAUUGAAGAUCGCCAUUAUAUUGGCUCUGCCAACGCAAGCCGUAAUAACAUCAGACCCGGCCCAACGCCGCUGGAAGUUUCAAGGAAAGCACCGGAUGUCUGUUUUGAGAUCGAACCACUACAAGAAAGUUUCCUUGAUUGUACUGUCAAUCUCAGCAGUAAACCACAGCCCGACGGCUUAUCAUCUAACGUCCUUCCUCUAGCACAAGAUGUUAAACACAAUCCAGUGCAGAAAAUGAAAUACAAGAAAAGAAGACAAGAAAAAGGAAAGCCGUAUAAUUUACGGAGCACGAAGAAAGUCGACCUUCAUUCGACAGAUGAUGGCGCUGGCCAAGUUGUACCAACCGUCAAACAAAGUAGACAAUGGGAAGAUGCUCGUUACACCAUUGAGGAUGUCAGACCAGCUGCCGCAAGUAUGAACCUUGUUCGUUCAAGAGAGGAUGUCAGACCAGCUGCCGCGAGUACUGACCUUGCUCAUACAAGAGAGGUUGUCAAAACUGAUCAGAUGCCAUCAUGCAGCCGGGAUGAUGAGAAUUGGCCAGAAUGCAGUUCCGUACCUAAGCUGUUUGUGCUGGCUGGACGUGUUUUGUAUAAACAUAUGAAAUCGGAAUUAGAUAAAAGCAUCUGAAAGCAACAUAA